CAGUGCACAAUCGAGCUCGCGGCAGAGGAAAAAAAGUUGAGGCCAAUAACAAGAAAAGGAAAAAAGAGCAGAAGGUAAAAGGGCAGAUAGCAGAUCCCGGCGGAAUGGCGGCGCCGCCGCCGGCACCAGCGCUGACCUUGAAGCCGGAGAUCGGCCCCGACGGUCUUGCCCAAGAUUCUCCCGUAAUCGCCUACACCGAAAAGGUCAUUUUGGAGGAGCAGCUGCAGCUGAAGAAAUACAUUCAGGAGAACUAUUCCAAAAUUCGUGAAGUAGAAAAGGAGUUAGAGAACCUGACUUUUGAAAUGAAACUAACAGCUGGACCAAAGAAAGCAGCACUUGAGCAUUUGAGGAAAAAGAUUGAAAUGUCAACAGAGAAAAUACGUUUAGCCAAGGUGAAAGAGGAACAGGCAAAGAAGGCCUGGGAAGCUGCUGCACAAGUUGUUAAAGAUGAAGAAGAUGCUAAGCAGAAACUAUGUGAUGAUCUGAACCAUCUGGUCCAGGAGAGUGCUGCUACCCAAUAUACAAGAUUAGAGGAACUGAAGAAGCGUUUAGAAUCUUUAAAUCCCAGCAGGGCUUCUGUCGAUGUUUCAGGUGUUAAUACUAUACAGCAUGCUACAACAACUUCAGUACCCCAGCUGCCCAUGCCACAAAAUUCUGCCACUCCAACUGGCCCUCUGAAUAAUGGUACAGAGCUCGCCUCUAUUGGACAGCAGCAAAGACCUGCAGAGUCAGAAAAGAAGAGAAGACCAUCAAACACAAGAGGGAGGGGUGGUGUGAUGAUCCUUCCCAAGGGAAGAUUGAGUUCUGGGUCAGGAUGGACGGGUGCUGGGUUUGAUGUAGGUAGCGAUACAUGACCCAUAGGAUCUCUUGUUGUACUUCACACAUUGAAACCAUUCUCGUUCAUUCACAAGAAUCAGAUCAGUCUGCUCAAAGAUCAGAAUUAGAUUCCAGAGUUCAAGUGUGGAGAACACAAUUUACUGUUGAUUAUCUGUUUAUCAAUUGUAUAUGAAUCAUGCACCGAGUUAAUUUUUCCAACAGUCCUUUCUGCUCGGUUUGAAAAACAUACCACUGCUA